AUGGCAAACUUCACCCUCCAAAACAUGACCCCCGGCAACGCCGCCGACUGCUACCUCCCCGGCUGCAACGGCGUCGUCGGCGGCCUCUGCGUCGGCGCGCUGCCCACUGGCGCGAACGUGAACCAGACACUGUGGUGGUGCUGCACGCCGUACGCCGAAACCUGCAGAGGCGGCCAAUCCGCCUGCCCAGGCACAAACUGCAGCAGUGGCACCGCAACCUGGUGCUGCAAUGAGGAGCUGGAGAGCUGUCCCGGCGAGGGCGGGCUCGAGGGCAGCUGUGUGCCAAAGAACUACACCAACCCCGUCCUCGAUGGGCCCGCGUGGGGUCCUAGCGCGAGCUCGAGCGUCAGCGGGAGCGCUAGCUCUAGCUCCACAUCGACCGUUAUGAGCGGCAGCAGCACCAGUACUGCGCCCGCGAGAACGACAGUGACGGAGAGUGCUGCGCCGACGACGAGUAGUACUGCUACGGCUGAGAGCGGUGGUGGGGGCGGGGGGAUAUCGGUGGGGGGAGCGGCGGGGGUGGGCGUUGUGGGCGGGGGGCUGUUUGUGUUGGCGGUUGUGGGGGCGGUGUGGUGGUUCCGGAGACGGAGGGACCAUGGGCACCGUGAGGGGGCGAUGAAUUUGGGGGAGAUGGAUGCGGAGGGUAAGCCGAUUGAGGUUGAGGCGCGGACGCUGCAUGAGAUGGAGGGGGCGGCGAGCAUGAGGAGCGAGAUGGAGGCUGCGGGGAGAGGGAUGGGGGCGGGGAAGGCGGGGAAGGCGGGGAACUGA